AUGAUCAGAGUCAAUCAAGAGAACCACAGAUCGGCAGUCAGUCAGUCCACGAUGAAGCUCUACGCCGCAGCACUGCUUCUUUCCGCUCUUCUCAACACAGCAUGGGCUCAGAACCCAGCGGUGUCCGUUCGGCCUCGAGCGGCCGCCGUUAGACCGGGCGAGACGGUGAACUUCCACUGCAGAGUGUUGAGCGGCUCACAGCCCGUCCAACUGGAGUGGAAGAAGACCAACAACCAGCCAAUGGGAGAUAAUGUUAAGAUUGACGGUGCCGUGCUGACCGUCACUAAUGUCCGUCUCAAUAAUCAGGGGAGCUACCGCUGCAUAGCAACCAAUGCGCAAGGAAAAGCCACCGUCACCGCGUCUCUGUCCGUCAAGCAGCCUCCCAAGGUUCGCGUCACGCCAUCAGGACCACUGACGCUCACAGCCGGUGAGAGUGCGACUCUAGAAUGCACCGGCUCAGGGAAGCCACGCCCCUCGGUCAGCUGGUACAAACAGGAAACAGGAAGUGAGAUCGCGCUCGUGUCCACGACAUCAGGGAACACAGCUGUGCUGCAGGUGACAGUGAUGACAGCGGAAGACGCCGGAACGUUCGUGUGUCGCGCUCAAAACAGAGAAGGGUCUGCCGAGGGGAAGGUGGAGCUUAUGAUGGUGGGCGGAGUCUCAGCCGGCACGCUGCCGCAGGCUUCAGUAAGCGACACUGACCUCACAGCCGUGGAGGGCCGAACGGUGACCAUGCACUGCCAUGCGACCGGGUCACCCACUCCAGUCGUCUCCUGGUCUAAACUGCGGGCGCCGUUGCCAUGGCAGCACACAGUGACCGGAGGAAGUCUAACUCUCAAUAAUUUGGGGCGGCAGGACUCGGGUCAGUACAUCUGUAACGCUACAAACGCGGCGGGCUACAGCGAAGCGUACGUGCAGCUGGAGGUGGACUCUCCGCCCUACGCCACCAUACUGAUGGAUGAAGUAGUCGCUCGCGCCGGUGACGCAAUACGUCUGCAGUGUAUCGCCCACGGCAGUCAUCCAAUCCGCUUCCGCUGGAUGCGUGUGGGUGGGUCAGCCAUGUCUCUGGGGGCGGAGACCACCAAAGAAGGCUUGUUGAAGAUCGGUCAGCUGAAAGUAUCAGACAGCGGAACAUAUAAAUGCAUUGCGUCCAACCAUGUGGGUUCAAGCGAAGCUCUAACAAAAGUCAGUGUUAAAGGUGAGCAGAAGUUUUAAAUAUGUGCUCCACAGAAAUAUGAUUUGUCAUUAGCUCUUCAUUUGAUGAUGAAUUCAUUAU